AAGUGUUAACCUGAUUUUGGUAAAAAAAAAAACAGUAUAAAAAGCCCUGUAAAUCGAUAAAUUGAUUUUUCUUUUCAAUCUUGUUGUUUGUUGUGAAUGAACGUCGGAUUAAUAUGAUUUUAACAUCAGCAUUUGUUCAAUUUAUUAUUGUGUCAAUAGUGAUAUCCAUCUUAAUGAAUAUAUCAUCCAUCAAUGCUGGCAAAGAAAAAGAAGGACGUCUUAUUAUUAUUGGAACAGGUGGUGGUGGCGGAGGAGGAGGAGGAGGUGGAGGUGGGAGUUAUGGUGGCGGCGGUGGUAGUAAGGGUGGAUACGGGGGAGGAGGUGGUAUGGGCGGUUACGGUGGGGGCGGUAUGAUGAUGAUGCCAAUGAUAAUACCGAUGCCAAUCAUGAUGGGAGGUGGUGGUGGAGGUUAUGGAAUGAUGGAUAUGGGCAUGAUGGGCGGAUACGGUGGCGGUAUGAUGGGUGGAGGCAUGAUGGGAGGAUACGGUGGCGGCAUGAUGGGUGGAGGCAUGAUGGGCGGAUACGGUGGUGGCAUGAUGGGUGGGGGAAUGAUGGGCGGAUACGGCAGUGGCAUGAUGAGCGGAUUCAGUGGCGAUAUGAUGAGUGAAUACGGCGGCGGAGGUGGCGGUGGAAUGAUGGGUGGAUACAAUAAUGGAGGAGGAGGUAACCGUGGGGGAGGCGGUAAAGGUCAUGGAGGUGGAAGUGGAACGAUGGGCGGGGGAUAUCGUCGUCGUCGUCGUCGAAGAUAAUCUUUCAAUGACAGAUCCCAAAAAAAUCAUUUCCUUGUAUCAUACCCUAAAUGUAAUACAAUUUUAAUCUCAUUCAAUCAACAACAAAAAAAG